AUGAGCAAUUUGAAACACGCAAUUUCAUUGUGUUUACUAUUUAUCAUCGUAGGAUUGGGAUUAGCUCAGCCUCCACAACUUUUUACGCCUAGAGAUUGUCCAGAAAACGAAACAUAUCUUUCGUGUGGACCAGCUUGUCAAACAGAAUGUGCCACUCUGGGACAACCUUGUUACAUUGCUUAUUUUCGAUGCCCUGAUGGAUGUUAUUGCAAUAAAGGCUUUGCUAGAAAUGCUAAUGGUGCAUGUAUUCCGAUUGAACAAUGUUAA